AUGACAUGUGCCGCUUGCAGCGGUGCCGUGGAACGAGCGCUGAAGCAACUAGCAGGCGUGCAUGAGGUUGAAGUGAGCCUUCUUCGCGCCCGUGCAUCGGUGCGCUUUGACAGCACCACACUGAGCGCAGAGCAAUUAGCCGACGAAAUCGAGGCCGUGGGCUUCGAUGCCACGCUGACCAGCGUCACCAGCACCAAGCCGAGGUCCGCGCCUCUCACGCGCCGCGUGGAGCUGUCGGUGCAGGGCAUGACCUGCGCCGCCUGCAGCGGCGCUGUGGAGCGGGCGCUGCGCAACGGCGCAGGGGUCCUCGACGUCCAGGUGAGCCUCCUCCGGAGCAAGGCGGUGGUCACAUGCACCAGUGAGGCCGCAACCGCCGAAGCCCUGGCAGAGGAAGUGGAGGACUGCGGCUUUGAGGCCGCAGUGGUGUCUGAGACGCAGGCCGCUGCUGGCGAGCAAAGGCUUCAGCCAGAGACGGCAAAGCUGCACGUGUCUGCAAGCGGCCCAGCAGAGGCGGCUGCAGUCCAAGAAAGGCUGGAAAAGAUGCCCGGAAUUCUCAGCGUGACCACGCUGGACAUUUGCUGCUUGCGCGUUCUUUACCGGCCGGAUGAGGCAAAGCCACGAGAGGUGCUGGCCACUUUGCAAGCGCAAGGCCUUAAAGUGGAGCACUCGCAGCCCGGGCUCUCGCAGGAAUCGCUGCCUGAGAAGUCCAUAGCUCGUGACCUUCGUUGCGCGCUGCCACCGACCCUAGUGAUCUUCUUUGUGGUUUUUCUUUUGCCCCUCACGGGCUCGGGCUUGCACUUCUCCUGUGGCAUCCCGGGACUUCAAGUGGAGACCUUGUUGCUCUUCGCCUUGGCCACGCCGGUGCAGUGUUACGCUGGGCGAAGGUUUCACCAUUCCGCCCGACGAGCACUUGAGCGGCGCUCGCCGAACAUGGAUGUGCUGGUCUCCACUGCUACGUGUUUAGCUUAUGGCUACUCCACCUUCAUGAUGGCCCUGGCGGUUGUUUUUGCAAUGCUGGGCGACAAGCAAGAGGAGCCCCCGCCACACUUUUUCGAGACCCCCUGCAGCCUGAUCACCGUGGUCCUCCUUGGGAGGCUGCUGGAGGCAGCUGCUAAGAAACGGACCACGGACUCGCUGGAUGAGCUUUUGCGGACGACCCCGGUUUCAGCGCGCCUCUGCAGCGGGGAGGAAAUCCCCACGGAGUUGGUGGGCUUGGGGGACGUUUUGGAGGUCCAUCCUGGGGAACUUGCACCAGUGGAUGGGGAGCUGCUUCCUUGGACAGGGGAUGAGAAAGGCUUGGAAGGCUGGGAAACGGCGGCUACUGCAGCCUUUGACGAGUCCCUUCUCACUGGUGAGAGCCGCCCAGUGCCCAAGAACCCGGGUGACAUGGUGAUCGGCUGCAGCCGCCACGCGGGCUCCCGGUCUUGCCGACUGCUCGCCCAACGCGUGGGCAGCGGCACUGCGCUGUCGCAGAUCGUGGCGCUGGUGGAGCGCGCCGCCGCCUCCGCGGGGGCCGCCCCGGCGCAGCGCUUCGCGGAUGCCGCCGCACGCAUUUUCGUCCCUGCUGUGGUGCUGUUGGCCGCCUUCACUGCGCUGGUGUGGUUCUGCAUGGUGAGCUCUGGGAGCGUGGACAUGCCCAAGAGGAAGCACGAAGGCAUGGCCUUCGCAACCUGCGAGCAGAUGUUGUUCGCUUUGAAGUACGGGCUGUCAGUGCUGCUGGUGGCUUGUCCCUGCGCCAUGGGCUUGGCGACGCCCACGGCUGUGAUGGUCUCCACAGGCGUGGCAGCUCGGCGGGGCAUUUUUGUAAAGAGUGCCGCCUCCAUGGAGCUCAUGGCCAAGAAAGGCGCCAUCAUCAUGGACAAGACGGGCACGUUGACGAUGGGACGCCCAGGCCUGGUGGCCAUAGCUUUGCCGCGCGGGGCUUGGUCUUCAGAGGUGGCGCGCGCGGUGGCUAACCUGGCUGCUGGCGGCGUGGCCAAGGUCACCUCCGAGCCCCGAGUGCUUGAAGUGACGUCCUCCAGCUGCUUGCCCUACGAUGGCGCCCAGUCGGAUUUGAUGGGGCUUUGCGUGCUCCUCUGCGCCUCUGCGUCACAAUCAGAGCACCCUCUCAGCCGCGGCAUCGAGGAGGGCGUGGCCCGCCUUUCUCUCCGAGGACCUUCGGAGCUUUUAGAGGCAGCACCUCCGGUGACUUCUUUUGAGGUGAAGCUGGGCAGCGGCGUGGAGUUCCAGUUGGGCGACCUGGCAGUGGCUGUGGGAUCUCUGGAGCACUUGGCCUCAGAUCCUGAAGUCUUGCCCUGGGCAGAGCAGCAGAGAAGAAAUGGCUGCACCAUUGUGGGCGUGCAAGCUAACGGAGUUCUUCUGGGCCUGGCAGCCCUGCGCGACACAGUGCAGCCUGCGGCGCAGAAGGUGAUCCGGGAACUGCAGGAGGCCGGGGAGGAGGUGUGGAUGUGCACGGGCGACCACAGCAGCACGGCCUCGGCGGUGGCUGAAGAGCUGGGCCUCGCCGAGAGGCACAUCCGCGCGGAGUGCCUCCCAGCGCACAAGGCUGCCGUGGUGUCGGAAUUGCAAGCUGCAGGCAAGCGUGUGAUCUUCGUAGGCGACGGCGUGAACGACGCGCCCGCCUUGACCUCCGCCGAGGUUGGUGUGGCGAUCGGCACCGGCGCCCGGCUGACCGUGGAUGCGGCGGAUGUGGUACUCGUCCGAGCAGACUUGCAGGAGCUGCUCACCGCGAAGCAGCUGGCCCUUGCCACGGUGUGGUGCAUCAAGCGAAACUUCAUGUGGGCGAUGAUCUUCAAUGCCUGCAUGAUCCCUUUGGCUGCUGGGGUUCUCCAUGAACGAGGUGUCCAUUUACCGCCUGCCGCGGCGGCUGCAGCUAUGGCCUGCUCAUCCAUCACUGUUGUAUCCUCGUCACUUCUCCUGCGACGCUUCAAACCACGAUGGCAAGGAGCUGAGUUGACGGCUUUCAAGAAGCCGGUGCCAAAGAAGGGCAAAGGUGCCGAGUUUUCCCCGCUCACCGGCAACAGGGAGGACUCACGGUCGAGCCGCCGGAACCUGUCAGAGCAGCGAUUCCUGCCAGGGGCCUGGGUCGAUUCGGCCGAUGGCGAAGCCAGCGAUGCCUUCACAGUGCGCGGCAGGGAGAAUGCGCCUGUGCCGGUGCAGUUCAAUCUGCAGGACUUGCAGAUUGGGCGCCGCAAAUUCCGCUCGGGUACCUCCGGGCCAGCCAUCCAUUUGCCGGCGGAUCGCCUGCUGGGGGCGCUGCCGCAGGCAGUGCAGCGCUAUGAGACCUUCGUUUGUGGAAAGAUCAUGUUUGGCAACCAACGCUUUUCCUUUGAAGUACGGGAAUUGGAUCGCUCUCCUCAGAACAUCGCCAAGCUAUUGAGGAAGAAGUGCGACCGAGAAGCGUAUGCACCGACCUUCCUAGAUAUGACGUUGGCCACAAUGCAUUCUCCCGUGCAGUCCUUCCAAGUGAAGUUUCAGGAUGUGGCGUCCAUGGAGUGCCGCAAUGUGAGUCAAGAAUGGGAGCUUGUGUUGAAAUUGAAAAAGCCGCUGUCAUGCUAUUCGAAGACCAAUGGCCGAAGCUGGCAGACAGUGGAGAGCCCACUGGCCAACGCCAAGACCAUUCGAUGCGUCACAGCUCCUUGUGAACCCAAAAAUGGGAGCGAAAGGCAGCUUCCCUUUGGGCAGGUCCGUGAACUUGCCAUUCAAUCAUCGCCAGUUCUUGCGGCUCUGUUCGAUGGGAUAGCUGUGGCCCCGGUCCCGGUGAAGCAGAAGCGCAAGGCCAACGAGGAUUCACCAGGCAAUGUGACCAAACGCCUGAAGAAAGAGGCCCAAGGCUCCAAGAAGCUUUCGGUGGCGGACCAGCAGUUUUUGGAUGUCGAGGCUGUGAAACUAUCGUUGAAUGGAUUUGUUCAGAGCCUUGCAGAAACUGUGGAUGCCGACUGGCAUGACUCCUACGAGGAAACAGGUGAAAUGCUUGGUGAAUGGUUCGGGGAGUGUGGAGACCAUGUCAUGAAGGUCAUCAAGGUAGCCACAGAGCUUGGAGCCGGCUUCGGCCAUGCUCAUGAGAUCUUGAAGUGUGUCCAUGACACAUGGCUGAACAUUACAGCCAUUCCCUUCCGUGGGUGUCCUGAGGAGACCUUGAGAGAUUCGGAUGGGGUGGAGUUGGAGCUCGAGGAGCUGAUUGGCGAACCGGUCAGGAGCAUAAAGGACAUGCUGAAGAUCGUUUGGCCUCUGCUGCUGGCGCGAGCUGCCAAUGACAGCAAGGUGUUGGAUCUCACCUUGAAUCAGAUGCUCAAGGAUGCUCAUGACAAUGGGGUCAUCGAUGCACAAGCGCCUCAUGAGGGUGAACAGCAUUUGCUGUCACCGUGUGGCAAGGCCAUCUUGAACGCCAUCGCUGGCGGCCGACGGCGCCUGGCACAGCUGGCUGCCAGCCAGGACUGGAAGAAGUGCCCCUGCACCGUGAAGAAGCACAGGUGGUGCCUGGUUUUGAUCGCGAAGCUUUUCGAAAUGCAGGUACCGGUAGCGCCGCUGGCUCAAGAUGUCGCGGCUGUUCGUGCCAACGUGUGCAUGCUGUGGAUGCUGUGGCUAUCGGCAUCAUGCAUUUGGCAGGAACAGGCUCGAAGCUUAAGCGCCGGUGUAGCCAAGAUGUCCAUCCAAGUCUUCGACGACUACUUCAAGGAGGGCCGCAAGAUUGUGACUGUCAAGGAUGUGGAGCCUGACAAGUUCAUCAAGGCCUUCUCGCAGCACCUGAAGCGCCAGGGGCGCUUCGAGCUGCCUAAGUGGGCUGACGUGGUGAAGACUAGCAAGUCCAAGGAGCUGCCACCUUAUGACCCUGACUGGCUCUACGUUCGAACUGCCUCCAUGGUUCGAAAGGUGUACAUUCGCAAGGGCAUGGGCGUUGGUGCCUUCCGCAAGGUCUAUGGAGGCCAGCAGAGACGAGGCACCUGCACCAACAAGUUCGUGAAGAGCUCCGGGAAGCUGGCCCGUUACAUUUUGCAGCAAUUGGAGGAGAUGGGCUUGGUCGAGCAGGAUGAGGAGGGCGGCCGCAUGAUCACCAAGGAAGGUCAGCGAGAGCUGGACACUGUGGCAGUGCAGGCCAUUGCUGAUGCUUGCCUGGUGUGCAUCACUGGGAUCACUGGGAUCACGGCGCGGGCCAGAAAAGUACGGCUGAGCGAUGCGAACGUAGGCCCGGCGGUGCUCUGGUGCACGGGCCUCGUAUGGAGUGGGGGGGGAGGCGUUGGCCGCGUUUGGCAGCUGGCUCUUGGAGGCAUGGACCAGGCUCGGGAGCCGCCGGUGCGGAAAACGCCUGUGAAGGAGGCUCCAGCGGAUGAGCCUGUGGUGUCGGAAGAGCCCCCGCAGCAGAGUCCUUCUGUGGCCGAGCCAGUGGGCGGCAGAAAGGCUGCAGUUCCCUCCAAAGAUGAGGAUCCACAGGAUCAGCCUGAGCCAGUGCCCGCAAUUGAUGAACAGGCUGCAGACUCCGCAGACGUGGCACCGCAAGCAGCUGCGCCAGAAUCGCCGGAGGAUGUCGCCCAGGAGCUCGGCUCGCAAAGCUUCAGAGAGGCUGAAGGAAAAGACGAGGCUGAAGAGCUCGAGGAUGAUGAGGCUGCUUUCGAAGAAUUGGACGAGGACGAGGAGGAGCUGAAUGACCAGGUGGAGCGGCUUAUGGGCCUGGAGGUUUUCAUGACGGGCCGCAAGGAGCCGACUCCUCCCCCAGAGUUCUGUGGCAACCUGCAGGCAUCUGAGGAGGAUCUGCCAAUCUGCGAGAUGCGAGCCGAGAUUCAGCAGGCUGUUGGAAACAACCGCGUGACGAUCAUUGUUGGCGGCACUGGCUGUGGCAAGUCCACACAGGUGCCAAAGUUCCUCGUGCAGGAGGCUGCUGCGAAGCGCACUCCUUGCAACGUCAUGGUGACACAGCCGCGGCGUCUUGCCGCAACGAGCCUUGCAAGACGAGUUGCUGAGGAGCUAGACCUGACCAUGGGUGUGGAGGUGGGCUACAGGAUCCGCGGCGAGACUGUGCCCGGAGAUCAUAUCUCCUUCGUGACUGCUGGCUAUUUGCUGAGUUGGCUCACUGCAGAUCCCAGAAGCGUGGAGGGCAUCACGCAUUUGAUUCUUGAUGAGGCUCACAUUAGAACAGCUGACAUGGAGCUAUUGCUGCUGACACUGCGGCUGGUCAUGAGAAUCAACAGUCAUCUUCGUGUGGUGCUGAUGUCUGCCACUAUGGAGGCCGACUUUUUCGGCAACUACUUUGCGGAGUUCUCAGAGGAGCCCAUCAAGCCCCUCUAUGUGGGUGGCCGGCUUUUCCCUGUGGAGGUGUUUCACUUGGAAGACAUCACGGCUGGAUCAGUGCCAGGUGGGUUGCUGCCCAAGAACUUGGGGAAGCGAGCGGUGCUGGCAGGGAAGAAGGCAUUCCCGCCAGACAAGCUUGCCAUGCUGGACAACAAAGAGGAUCUGGAAAAGCUCUUGGUGCCAAAGGUGCACCCGAAGGUUCGGGAGCUGACCCAGGAGAUCAUCCCUUCUGUGGCAAGUGGGGGGUCGACAAUCCUGAUUUUUGUGCCUGGCUAUGCGGACCUUGUCCGCAUGCACAGCUGGCUCUACUGGAAUCUGCCGACCGCUGGUUCCGUGAAUAUGGGAUUUGUGCCGCCCAAACCAGAGCAGCUGACAGACGAAGAGGACGAGCAGGAAGAUUUGCAGGAGCUGCAGGGCUUUCCGAACAUGCAAAGUCCACCUCAGUCGCCUCCUGCCAGCGCGAAUGAAGGCAUCACAGAGGAUGCGGAGGGCAUAAGGUACCGUCUUUUCGCGCUUCACUCUCAGGUUGCUCAGGAGGAUCAGGAGCUGGUCCUGCAGAAGCCGCCUGCGCAGAUUUGCAAUGUCGUGCUGGCCACCACCAUCGCCGAGUCAUCCCUCACCCUGCCAGAAGUGAUCGGCGUCAUCGACUUCUGCAUCCACAAGACCAGCGUGGGCGAUCCGAGCCAGAUGGGUCUUUGCAAGAUCACGGCGCAGUGGUGUGCGCGGUCUGCGUGCCUGCAACGCGAAGGGCGUGCUGGUCGAACACAGCCCGGCUGGUGCAUCCGCAUGGUGCCAGAAUCGGUGUUCAGCGCCAUGAACGAGUAUGACACUCCUGAGAUUCUGCGAACUCCACUGACCACGCUCUACUUGAAAGCGAAGGGCAUAGCUGAUGGCCUCAGCGAGGUGGUUCAGGACGACGAAUCUCUUGCCAAGCGGCUUUGCUUGGAAGCUGCCACACCGGGCGAGCUUCUAAAGCAGCUGCUUGCGCCGCCGUCAUCGAAGGCAAUCGAUGCAGCCGUUUGCCAGUUGGCUCAGUCGGCAGUCCUCACAGAGGAGGCGCCUACAGCCAAGGUCUCCGUGCUUGGGCGCUUGGCGCUCUUUUUGCCCAUCGACAUCCAGCUGUGUCGCUUGGUGUGGCUGGGGUGCCUUUUCGGCUGCGCUCCCGAAGCAGUGGUUAUGGCUGCUGCUUGCAGCACUGCAUCGCCUUUUUCGAACCCUUCCAGGCUGGGCUUCCAGGACCCGGAGGAGUUCACCAAGCAUUUGGGGGAUACCGCAGAAGCCUGGCGCUACUUUGACGGCGGCCAUUGCUCGGAGCCUAUGGCUUUGCUGCGGCUAUUCUUCGCUUGGCUGCGGAGGCUGAAGCUGACGCCUGUGCGCAGCAGCACCCCGCAGCGCUGGUUCCGCGCCACGGCCAUGCUGGAGAAGGAUGUGGCCAUCGAUCCUUCGCGCAUGACUGCCUUUGUGUCCUUCGUGGCUGACCUUGCCCUUCGCUGUCGGGAUUUGUGCAGCGACGAGCGUGAUGAGUCCUGUGCCUGUCAGGUGCGAGCAGACCUGCAUGGGUUGAUAAAGCUGCUGCGACGGCCGGACAAGAGCAGAGAGGACCAGAAGCUGCUGAUCGAUGAUAGUUAUGUUCCAGCGCUCGGCGACGUCUUCAGAGCCUCGGCCACCAAAGUCUAUGCUUUGCUGGCAGCCGCCUUCUCGGAGAAUUUGCUGGUGGGCCGCCACACGAGUGCAAAAGAAGUCGACGCCAUGCUGGACUCCCUGCACUUGCUGGAUCCCAGCGGCAUCGCCUCAAAGGAUGCCUGUUUAAUCCCGCAGCAUGGUUUGAAGAGGACCCCAGAGAAGCUGUCCAAGAUCCUGAAGGUCAUCACUCGCCGCACGCCUGAGGAGGUGGUGCAGGACAACCGAUUCAUUUCGGUCCGCUUCAAGCCGGAAACUGGCGAGCAGGUACCUCCUUGGAUGCGGGGCAAAGUGGCCCUGGUGUCUCGGCGACAUGAAUCGAGAACUAUGGGUUUGGGCCCGGCGGAGGUUCCUCGCUUGAACGCUUUGAGCAUGGGCCCGCGCCUGUGCCACAUGUCCGCCGGCGGCCCGAGAAGGUUCUCAGUUGGCGAGUCCGAGUUCGCGCGCGCUGCUUCGCCCUAUGAGCUUUCCUUCAGCGUGGUCCAUGAGGCAAGGGCAAACAGCGGAUCCAUGAUCGCGCUUUUUGGGGAGCAGACUCCCAUGGGCUUCCCUUGCCAUGUGGUGAGCCCUGACCAGCCCCUGGGCAAGGAGUCCUUUGCGUGCGUGGCGUCGGACAUGACGCUCGGCGAGGGGAUUGCAGCGCGGGUGAACGGAACCACGCUGCUGUUGGCAGAAGAGCUUCUCUUCGCUCUGAUCACCAUGUGCCCGGUUGGGAUGCCGUUGGAGCUCGGUUUUGGGCAAGGGCCAGGUGGCAGCUUGGAAGGUGCAAAGGCUGCAUUGAUGGGGCUGCGCUUCCACAGGAAGGAGGACGUGAUCUUCCGAAAGCACUUGCCGGGCAUCAGUACUCUCGCGAAGGUCAACGCUAUCCGCACAGCAAUCAUGGAGAACCUGGUGAGUCCUGCAGAGGCGAACUCGAACGGACAGGAGGUUCUUCUUUGGGAGGAUGCCGAUGCCGAGAACGAUUUCGAGGACCUUAUUCAGCUUGUGCGUGAUGCGCCAAGCAUUGAGGAGGUUGGUGGCGCCUACGGCGCCGAAUCCAAUCCGGUGAUGUGGAUCCGUCAUCGCCCCAACCUGCGGAAGAGCAAGGAUACUCCCAAGGGCGGAUCAGAGGGCGACGAGGAGGAAGUUGAGGAGGAGGACACGGAGACCUUUGAUGAUGAGUUGGACGAGGAGGCGGACAUCCAAGCCCUGCAGCCAAUUGGUGUGGAUAAGCGUGUGGAGGCUCAGGUGGCGCGAAAGAUCGGGCCUUUGAGCCCAAAGAUCACGCACGCCUUCGAGUGUCCAGACUGUGCAGAGCGCUUCCAGGACUGGAGCAGCUGUCGGCAACACUUAGUGCUCACGGGUCAUUUGGAUGUCUCCAGCGACAAAGCUUUGAAGACUGCACAGCAGCUUUGCGCGCCAGUGCGCUUCCGGUGCCUAGAGUGCUUCCAGAGCUUUUCCAACCAACAGAAGCUGGAGAAACAUUUGCAAGAGUCAAAGCAUUUAAGCUGGGCCAAGCACUCGCGCACCAAGAUCAACCUUUGCAGGCCUCGGAGUAUGCCUGACUUGGACGUCAGGCUCUCAGAGGAGGAUGAGGAAGAGGGGCAGGAGAGUGAGCAGCCAAGCGGCUUCUUCCGUUCUUUGAGAACAACGCUCUCAGCACCUGGGACCGUUCCUGCUCAGCAUCAACACCCAGAUGAAAAGACAGAGGCACUGAUCGCAAAGCAAGACCUGGAUGAGAGCGUCAAGGACAGGUUGAGGAGCAUCACAGCUUGGGAUGCCACCCAGCUCAUCAACAAAGUCCAGGGGAAUGCUUCAGUCAAGAACCCUUCCGGCUGGGUGAUGUCAGCGAUCAGCAAGAUGAAGGAGAACGACGAGCUCAUUUCUUCGCAGAUGAGUAGCUUGCUGCUGGGCCUGGAAGAUAUUGUCAGGAGUCGCACAACGAUGAGGCAACAGAGCUUGCGGCGCAUAACUCUCAGCAUGGCGCUGCAGAAGAAGACGCAGGACGACAAGGCAAAGGCAGAGUUGGCCUCGUUGCCUGACGACGAGGCAGCGCAAUUGGUGACGUCAAUGCGCAGCAACAACUCAAUCAGAACCCCGACUGCCUGGCUGGUGACAGCCAUUCGCAAAGUCAAGGCGAAGCUGGAGACGUCUACCGAGGAGGAGUCUGCAAAAGCUGAAGAGGACGGCCAAAGAGAAGAGUCGACCUCAAGGGUGCAAGAGGAGGACAAUGUCAAGGCGGAGGUAAUCCUCUUGCCUGACGAUCAGGCUCAGCUUCAACACCCAGAUGAAAAGACAGAGGCACUGAUCGGAAAGCAAGACCUGGAUGAGACCGUCAAGGACAGGUUGAGGAGGAUUACAGCUUGGGAUGCCACCCAGCUCAUCAACAAAGUCCAGGGGAAUGCUUCAGUCAAGAACCCUUCCGGCUGGGUGAUGUCAGCGAUCAGCAAGAUGAAGGAGAACAACGAACUCAUUUCUUCGCAGAUGAGUAGCUUGCUGCUGGGCCUGGAAGAUAUUGGCGACAGGGCGAAGGCAGAGUUGGCCUCAUUGCCUGACGACGAGGCAGCGCAAUUGGUGACGUCAAUGCGCAGCAACAACUCAAUCAGAACCCCGUCUGCCUGGCUGGUGACAGCCAUUCGCAAAGUCAAGGCGAAGCUGGAGACAUCUGCCGCGGAGUCUGCAAAAGCUAAAGAGGACGGCCAAAGAGAAGAGCCGACCUCAAGGGUGCAAGAGGAUGCCAAAACGGACGCUUUGCUGCGGAGCCUGGAUGACAUAGAGGACAAUGUCAAGGCGGAGUUAAUCCUUUUGCCUGACGAUCAGGCAGCGCAGUUGGUGAGACAAAUGCGCAGCAACAGUCAGAGCAUCAAAGACCGGAAUGCCUGGCUGACGGGGGCCAUUCGCACCAAAGCCCAGGCCAUUCGCACCAAAACCAAGGCCAACGGCAAAGCGGCGCUCAAGAGGUCCGGAAAAAGGCGAGCUGAAAACCUAGGCAGUGCCCGCGGUUGCUGCCGUACUGCAUGCAAAAGCUGUUGAAUGCAGCUGUUCACUACUUCCAUCGCUUUCAACUUUUUUGGGAGCCCCAACCUCCGCAGCAUUCGUUGAUGAUACCAACUUGCAUGCGAAGGAUGGUAGUCAAGGGUGCGUACACCCAGC